GUGCUGCACCUCUGAGGCCAGGUGAGCCGCUCCUUAGCGGGGGGGUGGAGUCAGAGCCGAGAGUGGGAGCCUGCUUCCGGCCACGUGGUACCGUGUACAACCAAUGGGAAGACUUCAUGUCACCCCCGCUUCCUCACCCUGGCAACGGGCGGGUGACUACUUCCGGUGCGGUGAGGGCUCGGGGCUGACGCGGUCACCUAGGCUGGAGUUCAGUGACGCAAUCUCGGCUGACUGCAACCUCCACCUCCUGAGUUCAAGCGAUUCCCCUACCUUAGCCUCCUGCGUAGCUGGGAUUACAGGGUAAUUCCUCUUCUGCAUUACUUUUGGAUGGAAGUAUGCCCCUUUCUCAAUAGAAGAUGGUAAUCUUGGAGAAUGACCAUGGAGAAGGGGAUGAGUUCUGGAGAAGGGCUGCCUUCCAGAUCAUCUCAGGUUUCGGCUGGUAAAAUAACAGCCAAAGAGUUGGAAACAAAGCAGUCCUAUAAAGAGAAACGAGGAGGCUUUGUGCUGGUGCAUGCAGGUGCAGGUUAUCAUUCUGAAUCAAAAGCCAAGGAAUAUAAACAUGUAUGCAAACGAGCUUGUCAGAAGGCAAUUGAAAAGCUGCAGGCUGGUGCUCUUGCAACUGAUGCAGUGACUGCAGCACUGGUAGAACUUGAGGAUUCUCCUUUUACAAAUGCAGGAAUGGGAUCUAAUCUAAAUCUGUUAGGUGAAAUUGAGUGUGAUGCCAGCAUAAUGGAUGGAAAAUCCUUAAAUUUUGGAGCAGUUGGAGCACUGAGUGGAAUCAAGAACCCAGUCUCAGUUGCGAACAGACUGUUAUGUGAAGGGCAGAAGGGCAAGCUCUCGGCUGGCAGAAUUCCUCCCUGCUUUUUAGUUGGCGAAGGAGCCUACAGAUGGGCAGUAGAUCAUGGAAUACCCUCUUGCCCUCCUAACAUCAUGACCACAAGAUUCAGUUUAGCUGCAUUUAAAAGAAACAAGAGGAAACUAGAGCUGGCAGAAAGGGUGGAAACAGAUUUUAUUCAACUAAAGAAAAGAAGACAAUCAAGUGAAAAGGAAAAUGACUCAGGCACUUUGGACACAGUGGGCGCUGUGGUUGUGGACCAUGAAGGGAAUGUUGCUGCUGCUGUCUCCAGUGGGGGCUUGGCCUUGAAACAUCCAGGGAGAGUUGGGCAGGCUGCUCUUUAUGGAUGUGGCUGCUGGGCUGAAAAUACUGGAGCUCACAAUCCCUACUCCACAGCUGUGAGUACCUCAGGAUGUGGAGAGCAUCUUGUGCGCACCAUACUGGCUAGAGAAUGUUCACGUGCUUUACAAGCUGAGGAUGCUCACCAAGCCCUGCUGGAGACUAUGCAAAACAAGUUUAUCAGUUCACCUUUCCUCGCCAGUGAAGAUGGCGUGCUUGGCGGAGUGAUUGUUCUCCGUUCGUGCAGAUGUUCUGCUGAGCCUGACUCCUCCCAAAAUAAGCAGACACUUUUAGUGGAAUUUCUGUGGAGCCACACGACAGAGAGCAUGUGUGUUGGAUAUAUGUCAGCCCAGGAUGGGAAAGCCAAGACUCACAUUUCAAGACUCCCUCCUGGUGCGGUGGCAGGACAGUCCGUGGCAAUCGAAGGUGGAGUGUGCCGCCUGGAGAGCCCAGUGAACUGACCCUUCAGGCUGAGUGUGAAGCGUCUGAGAGGCAUUUCAGAACCUGAGCUUUUUGGGGUUUUUAAUUGAAUUGGCUGUUUUAUCUUCCUUGUUUUAUAAUUCCUAUUGCAACCACGUGCACUGCUCGAGACACAAGUGCUGUAGUUAGCGCUUAGUGACAUGCGGGCCUUUGGCGGGUGAGCGGGACUGUGUGUGUGUGUGCGCGCACACACAUGUGUGCAUGUGUGUAUGUGUGCAGUAUGUAUGUUCGCUUCUCCCUGGAUGAAAUAGAAACUCCUUGUUAUGUGACCAGGAAUGGUUAAAUCAUCUUUAUGUAAUGUACGCUUUAACUGUUUACAAGUAAAACCUAAAGUUGCAGGAAACAUUUAUUUCGUUAAGAGGUACCAACUGUCCCUGAUGUAAUGUGUCAGAACUGAAGAGUAAAUCACUUGUUUAUGACUUGACAGUGGUAGUGCUUCAUUUAAUAAGAGUAAGAAGUAAUAAGGUGUUUUUAUUCGUUAACCAGUUUAAGUGGAUCCUGUGGUAACUUAAACUGUUGUUCUCAUCCCUUAUAUGGGGCAUUUUUCUUUAACAAAGAAUGGUUUCAGUGAAACAAUCUAGCAGAGAAUUAAUGUCAGAACCUUUUAAAAUAAUUGUCUGAUUGAUACAGUUUGUACUUCUUUCGUCAAGCUUUUCUAAGCUUAAAUAUUGCAUAACUUCGAGCUGUAUGGGCUAUAUUAUGAAAGAAUAUGUAAAGAGAACAUACAGUAAUGCACAGUCCUUAAUUUGUGUAUAAUGGAAUGUUAUUUACAAUAUAACACUGUAAAUAAGAAAGCAAAGUUUAUGGGAAAAUUCAAUAUUAUCUUUGUUUUUGUUUAAAUAUAUUUUUAAGAUAAAGGCACAAAAAUAAAAGAAGCAUAUUACUGGGUAUAGUAUGUGACUCCUCUUCUCAAACUAAUAAAUUAUCUUUUGAAUCCCUGA